CACCCACUUGCACCCUCUCCUGCACUGCAGGUGCUCCAUCGGGAGCUGAGGAAGGUGGGACAAGGCUAAAGACACAGGGGAGACCAGAUCCCAGGCACUCAGGGCUGGCCAGGGCCCUUACCAGUCUCAGCCCCAGUGGAUGGACAAGAAGCUGCUGGCCACACCGGCCACCCACACCAUUUGCUUCUGCUGCCCGGUCACCAGCAACCUCACUGCUGCCAUCUGGCUGAGGAACUACAGGGAGUUCCACGUGGGGCAUCACAUCACGGCAUCAAGGUGGGCCUGGUAGCAGGGCCAGAUCUUUGGGCCUCAGAGGAGGUGGGGAUGGGGCCUGGGCCAGGGCCUGUGCUUCAGUCCUCCCACCUGAGCAUGCACCUGCUCCUGAGGCACCAGCAGUGGAGCCUGGGCACGGAAAGUGUGGUGCCCUUGGCCCUCGGCCACUCUGCCUGUGUGGUGGAGAACAUGUCUGGCAGCAUCUGGAAGUAUGAGCUGGUAAGUGCCCAGGCAGGGGCCGGCGGGGAGCCCUGGCCCCCCCCCACCCUGGCAGAGCGCUCUCCUCCCCAGUGCAUCCUGCAUGUAGGGCUGCUGGCCAGCCGGCCGGCUGUGAGGAGAGCCCUCUGCCAGGUGGGCGACUCAGCAGGUGGAGCUGAACAGCAGCAAGGCGGACCCAACGACACUCCCCACCUCCCCAAGCUGAAGAUCAGCACUGCAGUUGGUGGGGGCUCCACUUCACUGAAACAUACCAGCAUUAUAGAGCAUUUGCAGUAGACUGUGAAAGACAAAAUAUGGCACCAGCCAGGAGACAAAAUCCUCUGCAGGUA